AUGGAAUAUGAUCGAAACACCGGAUUAGAUGAAAAAGAAGAAAUAACAAUGAUGGAAUUGAAAGCUUCCAUUGGACUAUUAUUGCUUGCUGGUUUAUUAGGAAGAUCAAAAGGAAAUUUACGAUCCUUAUGGAGAACAAGUCCUUUGGAAUCUCCAAUAUUCAAAGCUACUAUUUCAAAAAGCCGUUUUGACAAAAUUAUGUCGUGUCUAAGAUUUGAUGAUAAAAGAACAAGAGAAGAGAGAAAACAAGCAGAUAAAUUUGCAGCAAUUCGUGAAAUUUGGUCAGAUUUUCAAGAUAAAUUAAAAACAUGUUAUACACCAGGACUUGAUCUUACCAUCGACGAACAAUUAUUAGGAUAUCGAGAAAAAUGUCCAUUUCGUCAAUUUAUCCUUAAGAAGCCUGACAAAUACGGAUUAAAGUUCUGGCUAUGUGUUGAUGCAGAGUCGUAUUAUGUAUUGAAUGCAUUUCCUUACAUUGGACGACAACCAGGUCAAGAAAAACAACAACACAUAGGUGAAAGUGUAGUUUUAGAAUUGCUCAAGCCAUUUUAUGAUUCAAACAGAAACGUUGCAAUAGAUAAUUUCUUUACAAGUGUUCCGUUGGCGAAAAAUCUUCAAACGAAGAAUCUUACUCUUAUAGGAACAUUACGAAAAAAUAAAUCAGAAAUACCUAUGGAGUUUCUACCAAAUAAGACUCAUGAAGUUGGUUCUUUGCUUUUUGGUUUUGAAGAUAAUUUAACUUUAGUUUCCUUCGUACCAAAAAAAAAUAAAGCUGUCUUAUUACUUUCUUCGAAACAUCAUGAUAAUCAGGUGGACAAUAAGACUGGAAAACCAAUUGUUGUUUUGAAUUAUAAUAAAACCAAGGGAGCUGUUGAUACUGUUGAUCAAAUAUGCCACAAAUAUACAGUAAAAAGAGGUACAAAGCGGUGGCCGCUUUGUAUUUUCUACGGUAUGAUAGAUGUGACGGCUUUAAAUGCUUUUAUCUUAUGGAAGGCGAAAAAUCCAGAAUGGAAUCGAGAUAAGAGAUAUCAACGACGAUUAUUUUUAGAAGAACUCGGACUUAGUCUAGUAACACCGCUGUUGGAUUUUCGUUCAAAAACCUCAAAAUUUCUACAUAAAGAUAUUCAAAAUGCUUUAGCUAUUGUUGGUCAUCCUGUAGCGAAAAGAAAUUCACAAAAAUCAAAUGAAGAUUCUGCACAAGGAAAACGAAAACGGUGUUCAAUGCGUGAAACAUCUAAAGACAGAAAAACUUCAAUUAAAUGUUGUAUAUCAAUUGGAAAAACAUUUUGCUCAAUUACAUCAUUUCUGUCGGGUAAUCGAAUGACUUAUUGCACUCGAUGUUGGUGUUUAGGUCAUAUGAGAAAUAAAUGUAAAGUAGAACAUCCACGCUGUCGUAUCUGUCUUAACAGUAUAAAUGAUCAUCAAACACAUGUCUGCUCGAAUAUCGCUCGUUGUCCACAAUGUAACGGUAAUCAUCAUUCAUUAUCUAGUGUAUGUGAAAAAGUGCUUCAAUAUCGUUCUCAACUAAAAGAACAAGUUAACAAUGAUUUAUCAACAGACAAACUGCAUCGAUUAAUACCACAAGAGCACUCCCAACCGACACAAUUUCAAUUGAAUAAAAAUGAAUUUCUACCAUUACCAGCUCAAAUACAGGGGAGUACUCCUUGGAAACUAACCACAGCACAACCACUAAUAACAGCCAAUAUGAAAGAGAAUGAAGAUACAACAAGAAUGUUAUUAACAAUAAAUCAAAAUGUUUUAGAUAUGAAGGAGUAG